CUGAGGGGUAGACUCGAUAUUUCACAUUAAUUUUUUUUACCAUCGCAGUAAAUAAAUCCAACUAAAUUUUACCUCCGGGUUCCCCUUUUUCUCAGUGCUUUGCCAUUUUCGGGUAUCCUUCCAAUUUCCUCCCAUUUCUUUUUCAAUUUUUAAUUAUUCUUUUGCAGUAAAUUCCAGCUCACUCCCCCCGUACUCUACAAAACUCGCCCAAUAGAAGAACAAAUGGGCGCCUUUCCGUCUCCUCCCCUCUCACGCCAUUUUCCCAAUCCGCCAUUGUUGCGAGAACAACCUUCUUUCACUCACUCCCUCUCCGUGAAAAGCGCCAUUCUCCAAACACGGACCAGAUUUUUCUCUACUCUCUUCUUCUUCCUUGAUUUUUUCUUCCGCUUGUUGACCAUGAGCUGGGACGUCACCGGCGGCAGGGGCGGCGGCGGAGGAGGAGGGGGCCGAGGUCGUCUGCCUAGUGGCAACUACGUCCUUCCGCACCUCCGAAACGGUCCGGUUGCGAAUCCCUACAAUGCUACCUACGGCUAUUCGCCUUAUUCAGCAGUUUACAAUGCUCCUUCUCCUGUGUACGGUCAGUACGGCGGCGGGGGCGGGUAUGUACUCGGCCAGCAGGAUUUCUCCCCUCGCGGCCGUGGCCGCCGCGGUAGAGGAAGGGGAGGUGGAGGACGCGGUCAGCGGCUUGGAGAGUACGGAUCGUCCUCUUCGUCAUCGUUUGCUGAUGCGAUUGCGGAGAAAUUCGACGAGCUGGAGGUGCUCGACGAGGAGGAAGCCGGCGGCGGCGGGGGAGGAGGGGGAAUCAACUUCGAAGCUUACAACGACAUCCCGGUGAAGGCGACGGGGUCCGAGGUGCCUCCGCCGGUGGAGAGGUUCGACGAGAUUGAUUUGGGGGAAGGCCUGAUGCAGAACAUCCAGAGAUGCAAGUACGUGAAGCCGACUCCGAUCCAGAAGCACGCCAUCCCCAUUGCGGUCGCCGGGCGGGACCUGAUGGCCUGCGCUCAAACUGGGUCUGGCAAAACCGCCGCGUUCUGCUUCCCGAUCAUUUCGACGAUUUUGAAGAACGGGUUGAGUUCGGGUCAGUCGGGUCGGGGUGGGACCCGGAUGAUGGCCCAGCCAUCUGCUCUUAUAUUGUCCCCUACCAGGGAAUUGUCCUGUCAGAUUCACGAGGAGGCCAAGAAGUUUGCCUUCAAGACUGGAGUGAAGAUCGUUGUUGCUUAUGGAGGCGCACCGAUUCAACAGCAGCUUUACAAUUUGGAGAAGGGUGUUGACAUCUUGGUGGCAACACCAGGGCGUUUAGCUGACAUGAUUGAUAGAGGCAGAGUGUCUCUGAAGAUGAUCAAACACCUGGCUUUAGAUGAAGCCGAUAGAAUGCUUGAUAUGGGAUUUGAGCCUCAGAUCAGGAAGAUAGUUCAGCAGAUGGGGAUGCCUCCACCUGGUCAAAGGCAGACUAUGCUCUUCAGUGCAACAUUCCCUGAUGAGAUACAGAGACUUGCAUCCGAUUUUCUCAACGAUUACAUCUUUCUAUCCGUUGGGAGAGUUGGUUCCAGUACUGGGUUGAUCUCUCAAAAGGUCGAGCUUGUUCAGGAUAUGGAUAAGAGGUCACACGUCAUGAAACUCCUCCAUGGCCAGAAAGCAAACGGCAAGCGCGAUUUGACACUGGUGUUUACUGAGACAAAGAAAGGAGCAGAUGCCUUGGAGUACUACCUGUGCAAGAGUGGCCUUCCAGCCAUAGCCAUUCAUGGCGACAAAGUCCAAAUGGAGAGGGAAAGAGCUUUGAGAUCAUUCAAAGCCGGCGUUACUCCAAUCCUGGUCGCAACCGACGUGGCAUCAAGAGGCCUGGACAUCCCCAACGUCUCCCACGUCAUCAACUACGACAUGCCAAAGGACAUAGACGACUACGUGCACCGAAUCGGCCGAACAGGGCGAGCGGGCAAGUCAGGACUGGCGACAGCAUUCUUCAGCGAGCAGAACAUGUCACUGGCGAAGCCAUUGGUUGAGCUCAUGAAGGAGUCGAACCAGGAGGUCCCUCCUUGGCUGAGCGAAUACGCCAAGAACUCCUCGAACACCUACACCGGCGGCGGCAGAUACAGACGAUAUGGCGGUGGUGGUGGUGGGAGCAGACAUGGUGGGUAUGACUUCCGCAAUGACUAUUCCGGCGGUGGAUAUGGCGGGGGAAGCUAUGGUGGUUACGAGUCAGGUUCUUACUAUGGAGAGAACGGUUAUGGAGGUUACAUCGCUCCGCCUGCUGGUUCUGGUGCCGGCGGUGGUGGUGGUGGAUACGAGCUUGGGACUGAAGCUGUGGUGGCGAGUGGCUGGGAUAUGUAGAAGAUGGAAGAGUGGGGGUUUUACCGUUUUACUAUCAUUAGUUACUAUCUAUAAUUAGGCGAGAACGAAACGAUGAAAAGGAGGCUCCUCUGAGAAGCUACACUUAACUUUUGUUAUGAGGAAUUUCGAUGUGUUUUGAAAAGGCUUCUGGAGCUUUGUAGGCAAUUAAACAGGUAAAAUUAUUGGUGGGGGAUUAGUGCCCUGUUUAGGGGUUGGUACACAAGCUUUUUGGUUGCUGAUUUUGUUAAAUCUAGUUCUUGUUCCCUCACAUCUUCGGGGUUUGUGGUUUGUUUUUGGGUUGGUUGGUUGUGUUUGUGACUGAUGUUCCUGAUGGUUAGGGUUAUGAUGACUAGUGUUAAAGUUUCUUUAAGAGUUAAACCAGGUUUAGUUAAUGAAAUUGAACACCAUAG